AUGGUUGCGGUGAUCAUUCCCCUCAAUCAUCUUUCGCCCUUACUGGCGAAAGUGUAUGCGACCCUUAGUGACGCGGAGGGACCUGUCACUUCAAGCAUUAAGGUGGCGCUGGGCGCUGAGGCCAGUAGGAUAGCGAUUGCUGCAUGGAAGGAAGCGGAGAUUAGCCUAGUAGGGGUAAUGUGGGAAACGGGGGCGCGGGUGAGGGCGGCUAUUGCUGGCAGGUUGGWUGAGUKGGUUAAGAGGCUGUACUCUAUAAGUACGACCUUUCACAUCACUCAGCUAAUGACUGGAAAUGGCUGCUUCCCUGCGUACCUUUUCAGAAUAAGGAAAGCGGCAUCUCCGCAGUGCUUUCACUGCGGAGCAAAUGUAGAUGAUGCGGAUCACACCCUGGUUGACUGCCCUGCGUGGGUGAAUGAGCGGGACGGUCUUGUCAGGGAAUUGGGGGUGGUGCGGGUCUCCCUCUCCGGCAUACUCAGGGCAUCCAUGGAUAUGCCGGGGGAGUGGACUGCAUNUUCACUGCGGAGCAAAUGUAGAUGA